GUUUCAGGGUGUCACGGCCAGCUUUUGUGUUUUUUUUGUUCGGAGGAGCAGUCACCGCUGCAGAAGCCCCCCAGAGGACUCCCUCGCUUUCCUGGAAUUUUGUUAUCUAAAGGCUCCUCUCUGUUGAGUUCCAGAAGAUGCCUUCGACUGGCAUUCAGCUAAUGGGAAUGGCUCUGGCCAUAGUGGGCUGGAUCGCGGCCAUCAUCUCCUGCGCCCUCCCAAUGUGGCGGGUCACCGCGUUCAUCGGCAGUAACAUCGUUACAGCGCAGACCAUCUGGGAGGGCUUGUGGAUGAACUGCAUCGUCCAGAGCACCGGGCAGAUGCAAUGCAAGGUCUACGACUCCAUGCUGGCCUUGAGUCAGGAUCUGCAGGCAGCUCGGGCGCUCACGGUCAUCUCUGUUCUGGUCACCAUCCUCGCCAUCUUCGCCGGCAUCGUGGGGGGCAAGUGCACCAACUGCGUGGAGGACGAAACCGUCAAGGCGCGCAUCAGCCUGGUGUCGGGCGUGAUCUUCAUCAUUGCUGGUAUCCUCUUCCUCAUUCCAGUCUGCUGGUCGGCCAACACCAUCAUCCGUGACUUUUACAACCCACUGGUGACCGAAGCACAGAAACGCGAGCUGGGGGCGGCACUCUACAUCGGCUGGGCUGCUGCGGCUCUGCUGGUACUCGGUGGGGGUCUGCUCUGCUGUUCCUGCCCUGCCAAACGGGAGCAAUACUCCGCCCGGUACACCGCAGCAGCUUCCCAUCCGCGUUCGGAAUACCCGAACAAGAACUACGUCUGAGGUCUGAAACUUGGGACUGAGAGGCGUCGUUUUAACUGCUGGGCGCGAAGGCGCGGCGCUGCUGGACAUUUUAAAUUCUUUACCCAGAAUUUGGGAUUGUAUUUUUAUACUGUUAAUAAAAUUUGUUUUCUUUUUCUGAUA